CGCACAAUUGAGGUGAUAGCGGAGAGGAUGGCAGACGUAGCCACAUGACCGGCGCAGUGCAGCCGACCUUCACUUCACAUGGCGUCGCUCAAGUCACCGUCGUCCGUCGGCACUGAUGGCAUAGGAGGAGCUCCGCAGGUGACGGUGCAGCGCAACUGGCUGCAGCCCGGCACCUUCAACCAGCAGGAAUGGGGCAACUGGAAGAGCCACAGUAAGCAUGGCAUGACACACCACCCGCAUCCAUCCAUCGUUGGGUUAACUGCAUCCUCGAAGGAGGAGAGAUGCUUCCCCUGUGUGUGGUUUGUUUGCAUGCAGCCCUUCUGCUGCGCCAGAGCGUCGAGCGGCUCAACUGGGAGGAAAACAGAGAAUGGUCGGUAGGUAGUUAACAAGCGAAGAAAAGUGUAUGUGUCUGUGUGUGCACAAUGAAUUCAACGCACAAUGAAUGCACUGCAGGUGCCUGUGCGCAUGGCGUGCGAAGUCUGGCCGUAGCGGGGAUGCGCAGAUGACGUGCGCUGAGUUUGAGGACCUCAUCGCCGACUACCCCCAAUGCAUGAGCGGCAGCAAAUCAGUCCACCCUGGGGAGCCUGGCGGGGCCGCCAGGGCCUUCGCGUUUAUCGACCGCAACAAAGACGGACAGAUAUCCGUAUAUAUGCACACAGAUCGAUCCGAAGGGGGGGCCUGCUGGAUGGAUGGAUGGAUGGAUGGAUGUGUGUGUCUGUGUGUGUGUCUGUGUGCAGGAGGUAGAUUUCCUGGCCGGCUGCAUCGCGAUGUCGCCACACACUGCACAGGUACAGGUGGGUGGGUGUCGCCACACACUGCAAAUGACCUUUCUCGGGUCAUGGAUGGAUGUCUGGCUGGGUGUGGGUGCAGAGGGACUUGUCGGAGCCGUAUUCGCAGCUGCGUCUGCAGCUGUUGUUCCAGAACUAUGACGCCAACCUCGACGGCAGACUCGACAAAGACGAACUCGCCGCACUCAUCACCGACCUCUACGCCGUCAAGGGGUCGCAUGACACACAGGCAAGGAUCCUCUGUGUGUCCAUCCAUCCAUCCAUCAAUCCAAGUGUCAAGUGUCGUGUGGUUGGGUGCAUGGAUGCGGUGCAGAAGGCAUCGGCGUGUGCGGCCACCCUUCACAGCCACCACGGCGGGGAUCUGACGUACUCAGACUUCUAUCGCAUGGUGGAGCAGCGCAACAUCAAUGGCACUCCAAUGCUCUUCAGAUUCGCAAAGGUGGGGCUCAGCUCAGCGAGGGGGGCACACAGCACAGCACAGCACAGCAGGCAUCGCAUAGGAAUGUGCAAUUUAUCUAUCUAUCUUUCUAUCUUUCUAUCUAUCUAUCUAUACCUCGGUGCUCUGUGGGUGCAGGACUUCGCCCAAGCGGUGUGUGAGAAGAUGGGUGGUGUGGCCACGGCCCCCCCGCACCCACACCCACAGUCACACCCACAGCCAGCAGAGACCAAGACGCAACCCAACGAGUGAGCCUGCCGCCCAACAGACAAACAGACAGACAGACAGACCGACAGACCACCAACAUCCGCAAUGGAUGCCAUGUGUGUGUUGUGUGCACUGCAGAGGGGUGCACCACCCGUCCUCUCCCCGGUGUGUGGCUGGGACCAUGCCUUCUGACGGUGGUUGUGGUGGUGGUGGUAUGGGUCGGGAGUCGGUGAGGCUGCGGGGCAGCCCUCAGCAGCAGGAGCAGCAGCAGCAGCGGGGCGCGUCGCAUCCCUAUGGUCAGUGGGCAGCCAUACGUACGUACGUACGUACGAUGGAUGGAUGGGAAAUUGGUGGAUGCAGGUGAGGUUGACGGCAACUACGACGCCAUACAUGACGAGACCAACGUAUACACACCCCACAGCCCACCACGCCCCACACACCUACACCCCCCCACACACACCCACACGCAAGACGCUCUCUCCCUCUGCGUGGAUGGAUUGGUGGACAGUUGCCCCUCCGUGUGGUCCGCACACUGAUGGCCGCGUCGGCCGACGGGGCGACAUCGCUGGACGCCAGCGCCCCCUUCAUCCUCUGCACCAGCGACGAGGUCAAGAUGCUCUGCGACAUGGUCGUGCCGCACCUCAUCCACGAAAACACACUCGUAGAGGUAGUUUAAGGGGGCGGGGCGCUCUCUCCGUGGCACACACAGACACAGACAGACACAGAGAGAGGGGGGGGGAACGGUAUAUAUUUCUGUGUCUGUGUCUGUGUGUGGUGUGGUGUGGUGUCUUGUGUUGUGUGGUGAGAGUGCAGUUGUCGCUGCCUGUGCGGGUGUACGGCGACAUCCACGGCAACCUGCCGGACCUGCUGACCUUCUUCAACACAUACGCGUGGCCUGACAGACGCCGAGGGGACAUCCUCACCACCAACUACCUCUUCCUCGGUGGGUGGUGGGGUGAAUGGGUGGGUGGUGAGGCCAGACGCACAGGCGGAUAGAAUCGCUGAUGCGUGUGUGUGGUGUGUGUGUGUGUGUGCGUGUGUGUGUGUGUUUAGGUGACUACGUGGACAGGGGGGCGUUUUCGCUGGAGGUGGUGCUGCUCCUCUUUGCACUCAAAAUACAGGCAUGCAAGAGCUCCCUCCCUCCCCCCACCCACCCACCCACCCUCCCACCCCCCGACACACACCCGUGCGCUGUGCCGUGCCGUGCCGUGCCGUGCCGUGCCGUGUGUGCAGUAUCCCGAGUCGGUGUACCUGCUGCGCGGCAACCACGAGGACCGCAUCCGUGAGUCAGCCACGCUCAGUCAGUGGCUGACGCUUGCUCAUAUCUGAUGUGCGUGGGUGUGUGUGGGUGUGGGUGUGUGCAGUGAACAAGUCGUAUGGGUUUGGGAGCGAGUGCGUUAGGAAACUCGGUGGGUCGGUCGGUCGGUACACACAGACACAGACACAGACACACACAGAUGGAUGGAUGGAUGGAUGUGUUUGCCUGCAUUUGUUUGUGCACAUGUGUGUGUGUGUGUGUGUGUGUGUGCGGCAACUUAGGUGCGUCUGGCGACGGUUUGUGGGAGUUGAUUAACGACGUGUUUGAGUUCCUGCCCCUCGCCGCACUCGUAGACGGACAGAUAUUCGCCAUACACGGUGAGUGAGCCCAGCAAACGGCGCCAGAGAUCCAUCGGGACGAGUGUGUGUGUGUGUACCUGCAGGCGGCAUAGGCGACAGCAUCGGUAGCGUUGACGACCUGCGGGACCUCCGCAAGCCCAUCAACAUACCCAUACCAUCCAAUCUACACCGUAACUAACCACAACCGCCCCUACACACACAACACCAAACCACAUUCCGCACUUAUUCGUCUCAUUUGUCUGGUGCGCUAAUGCAGCGGCGUCCCUGGAGCAGCGUCGCAUCCUCGACGCCCUGUGGUCCGACCCCACAGACAGCGAGGAGCACUUCGGCACGAUCGCAUCGCAGAGGUGAGCACAAGAAAUUUAUCCGGCCCUCGUCAACUCGUGCACCCAUCUGGCUGACAAAGUCCCCCCUGUGUGCAUCUCGACAGAGGCAACAACACGUGUCGCUUCGGCCCCGAUCGCGUGAUGGACUUCUGCGAGCGAAACCAACUCAAAAUGGUCAUCAGGUCAGAGAUAUGGCCCCAUUACACACACACACACACACACGAGAAGACACCUCGCUCAGUGAGUGGACACAUAAGCAUGUCGGUCACGAGGUGUGUUCAGGGCUCACGAGUGCGUCAAAUACGGCUACGAGUGGUUCGCGAGAAACCGUCUGCUGACGGUCUUCUCGGCGUCCAACUACUGCAAUGCAUUCGCCAAUGACGCUGCCGCCGUGAGUGAGGCAGCGAGGCACGGACGGAUGGAUGGAUGGAUGUCACACAGCACAGCCCCAGCAAUCCCUCCCUCCCUCCCUCCCUCCCUGCAAUGCUCUGCAGGUGGUGCUCCGCCGAGACGCCUCAACCGGCCGCAUUAGCACCCUCUUUCAGGUAUAGCUACCUACCUACCGUAGGUCGUGUCGGCCCUUGUGCAUUGCCCUGUGGUUGCCUGCCUGCCUGCACGAACCAAUGAAUAGAUGAAGGCACUGCACAUCAGUCAAUAAUGAGUGGGUGAGUGCGUCUGGCAGGUGUUGUGGGGCGGUGCUGUUGACACGAGCAACGGCUGGCUGGGCAACCAGGCCAGGCCCCCCACACCGAUGCGGGGCAGGCCAGGCCCGCCGCAGACAGAAGAGGACCACCACCAUGCACAUGCAUAUGGUCAGGGGGCCAGGAUGAUCAGUAAGGAAGGCGAUCUGCCUCAGCCUGUCUGUCUGUCUGUCUCAUGGGGGGGGGAGUGCACACCUCUCUCUCUCUCUGUGUGUGGUUCUUGUGUGCAGAGACAAUGAAUGGCGCCUGAAGAGCCGCUUGGCUGGCUGGCUGGCAGGCUGCGUCGGUCGGUCGGUCGCUAGAGUGCACACAUCACAUGCCCGCGUGGCGUGGUGGACAUGAGCAAUGCUGGUGCCACCAGCUGCAGUUGUGUGUGCGUGUGACGACACCGACAUGACUUGACAUGGCUUCCGUGUGCAUGUGUGUAUGUUGCGUACACGAUGUUGAUAAGGU